AUGGAUGUGAUCCCGGUCGUUGCGGACGGGCCCUUGAAUCAACACGAGCUUGUCGCCGCUGGACUUCGUCCCGUUUGGACCCAAGGAGACGGGUAUCUAGGUGUGUUGCCAGACGAAAUCGCAGAAUGGAUCGAUCUCGAGCUUGGAGCAAAUGCCAGGCUUACUGGGCUAAUGUCGAGCAUGUUCUGGUUGGCAAAAUUGGAUGAUCUGGUCGCCGCAAUUCACGACCCGACUUGUGCCAUGCGCGAGGAAGUUGUUGAUAUUCCCUCAAAUGCCUCUAUUCGAUCUAUGCUGGAUCUGUGGGUUGACUCGGGGAAGAUACCGUUUAAAGUCUACGGCAGAUUCCUGGACACCUCAAAGCAAAGUAUCACUGUUUUCGACCAAGAUUUCACUACGGCGAUUGCUAUCCUUUCCGUAUCCCGACUCCCAACAGCCUUGUCACCUAUAGUUGUGACCUUCCACUACACCCUCUGA